AUGAACCUCCACCUCUUCCAAGAACCCGCGCUGAGGUGGCUUCCCAUAGACCCUGGCCUUAUGAAGCCAACGACUUCUACGGGAAGAAAGAGGACCUGUAAGCUAGUGCGCGAACGACCCGCAGGAUGGAAAUGGGCUCCCCUCCCAACUCCUCAAGGGGUCUCGCCUCCCCUCCCCACCUCUGUCCCCCGAGGGUCCCACUACCGGCCCAAGCUGCCCUCCCUCCCUCUUGUCUCCAGGCCCCCGCGCUCUCUGCGGUCAGCCCCUGGGUCCCCUCCGGAGGCGCGGCUCUCGCUCCGCAGCCUUCUCAGGCUCCCGCGCAGCGCGGCCCCGCCCCCGCGGUCACCUGACCGAGCCCGACGCUCCGCCCACCGAGCGCCCCGGUCGGAGCGGGCACUGGACCCUAGCGGCCGUGGAGCCGGUGCUGUCACGGCCACCGCUACCGCCCAGGGGCUCCGGGGCCGUGAGGGAGCGGCUGAACUCAACACCGCCUCCUCGCCGACUGAAAGGCGCUGCGGCCGCGCCCGCCUGCCCCACCUCAUAAGGGCCUGUGACCUCACGAGGCUGGCCGCCGGGCGCUGCACUCGAGCGGCGGGGGCUCCUGUCCGUGCGCUUUCCUCCCGGAGCCCGGCCUCGACUCCGCCCUCCGUCCUUGCCACCCGCUCGCCACUCUUCCCUAACCGCUGUUCAUUCUCCGGUGCGCUAUCCCGCCAUGGUCUGACCCCCAGUUCAAUUUUAUCUUCAGUCCAUCCUUUGAACACCCCGACCCCCGACCCCUUUCUUCUAAAACAUUCCAUCCUUCCUGGCUUCUGCUACUCAAUAAUGGACAGCAGCUCGAAGGCCAUGUGUCCCACGGCUUUGCUGAAAUUUGUCUCGGGUUGCCUUUUAGGAGACUGUCGUUUCCUUUUGAAAGAGAUAAUUUGAACUUCAGAUUGAAAGGCAUAUACCUGAGUAGCUAUAUUUAAGGAAUUACAACCAAGAAGUCUCAUCUUCCCUGGACUUAUAUAGAGGAUAAGAUUCUGAACUUUGAAUUGAUGCUAUAAUGGGAUAACACUCUGGGGCCUUAGAAGGGGCUCUUUUUGAGUCUGUGGGCUCUGGGAAGCAGAAGUGGUGGACGGCUGCACACACUAGUAAGAGAGGAGGACGACUCUCAGAGACAUCAGCUCACAUCAAGAAUCUGUUGUUCAUCAGGCCUGCACAACAUUCCCUGAGGUAGGAGUCACGCUUCCAUUUUACAGAUGGGAGUUGGAGAGGUGCUAAGAUUGAAUUAGAAAC